CCCCACACACCACAACACACUCCUGUCCUGUGAUCGUCUCUCUCCUCUAGUCAGUCCCCUUCUCCAUCUCUCUCAUCUCAUCCCUCCUCCACGCCACAGGCAGAUCUCGCCUUUCCCGCAGCCAUGGCGGAGGACGCCCCCAACGCCGCAGCCGAGGGCACCCAGCCCGCGCCCCCCGAGGGAUCCGCCGACGCCGCCCCGCCGGCCUCCGGCGCGAAGGCCGCGGAGGCGCUGCUCCCGUCGCUCAGCAUCUGGCCGCCGUCGCAGCGCACGCGCGACGCCGUCGUGCGCCGCCUCGUGCAGACGCUCGCGGCGCCCAGCGUCCUCUCCCAGCGCUACGGCGCCGUCCCGGAGCCCGAGGCCGAGCGCGCCGCCGCCGCCGUCGAGGCCGAGGCCUUCGCCGCCGCCUCCGAGUCCGCCGCCGGCGCGUCCCCGGCCUCCGUCGAGGAGGGGAUAGAGGUCCUCCAGGCGUACUCCAAGGAGGUCAGCCGCCGCCUCCUCGAGCUCGCCAAGUCCCGGUCCGCCGCCGCCGCGGCGCCCGCCCCCGAGGCCAGCGCGCAGGAGUCGGAGGAAUCGUCGGCGCCCGCGGAGGCUGCCGCUUCCAAGGAGUAAGGCGCCGGCCCCGCGCUUUGAUCCACCGAAAUUUGCUGUUAUUUUGGCAUUUCGUUGGAAAUUAUUCGUGGUUUCCUCAGCCUAUGGCUAGUAGUAUCCAUUGUCUAUUAGAGAUGCGCGUGAGAGGAGGAACUGAUGCUUGUUUCAUGGACCUGGUAUGCUGCUAUGAUAUUAAGUUAUAAACCGUGAAUCCUUGCCAUUGCAUAUGUAAAGGUUGUGCAUACAUGUUUGCAUGAGUUCAUCCA